CGCGAGUUCAGUUCGCAUUCAACUGUUGUGUCGUGUCGUUCGUCUGAUUGAAAUUGAAUAGAAUUAACGGCGACGAGAGUGUGUGAAGAAGUGAUUUGCUUUGUGUUGAUGAACAGCAACUGUUUUGAUUGAACGGCCAAAGCGACCGCGCGCACACAUUUUGUGAAUGAGUAAAGUAAAUGUUGGAUGCGAUCUGUUUAUUUUCGAAGCGUUGCGUUGUGAUGUAUGGCGACAGCCGCCACAUUAGCAACCGUGAAGCGCGCAGCAAAAUUUGUUAAAGAAAAAAUUGUAACAAAAAUCUGUAUAAACAAAAUAAUUUAGUGAAUUUUACAAACUGUGAAAUAACUCGUGAAUUUACAAUAUAAUAAAUGAGUUUGUUGCAAAAAAGUGAACUACAAGUGAAUGACAAGUCUGCAUAAUUAUUGUGCUGUCGUGAAAAAAAAAAAUUUAUAAGAAAACGGUGAAAAAGUGAUUAUUUAUGCGCAAUGUAAACGGCGAAAAUCGAUUUUCAGAACAAAACAUAAUAUAUGUAUGUAUAAAAAAAAAAUAUACAUAUAUAGAGCUGUAAUAAAACCGUAUAAAUAAAACUUAAAUUAAUGCGCGCAGAAAAAGCCAGCGCAGCAGUAAAAAGCUGUGAACAGCAGUGAACAGUGAAAAAGUUUCCAGCGUUGCAGCGCAACAAAUUUAAACAAUUUAGAAGUAUAAAAAAAUAAUUUCUAAAGCAAAUGAUAGCAGAAAAAUCGAUAAACUAUUUGAAAAAUGUGCAACACUUGAAAACAAGUGCUUAAAAACUUUGUAAUUUGUCUACUGAAUAAAAAAUACACCGCAAAAGCUAUAAGCAAAACAAAAACGACGAUAAAAUGGAUAUGACAAAAGACAUUAUUGACUACACACAAAAACACACCGAAACGGCCGAGCGCUUAAUUGCCGGCUAUCAAUCACCACUAUCCGAGAUCAGUGAGAACGAAGCAAACACACGCGCAUGCGCCACAGCCUCACCAUUUCAAAUUGGCAGCAAUAUAGUCGAAGCUAAAAUCACAACAACAACCAACGCAUAUAACGAGGUGACAGAACAAACGUCCGUCAACACAGCACACGCCGCGCAGCAACUCGAACAGCAGACAACAACACUUGCGCCAGCACACGCUGAUACUAUGGAGCAGCAGCCGUCAGCAGAAACGGCGAGUAAUAUGUCGGUUGACAAAACCAGUGAAACAAAUGCUAUUGCAGCAGCCAAGACUGUGGGCGCAGUGGUUAGUGGUGAUAUAACGCCACCACCACGCCCAUUCACUACCAGCGAAGUAGUUGGCUUGAGUUCGGCACUCGAUGAUGAUCCUGAUUUGCACGUUGAUGUGCAGCUACCCAAGUCGCGUUCCCUACCCACAUCGCCCGAUCAUCAUCGACGCAGCUUGGACUCAGCUUCGGCAGAGAUUUUGACGCGCAUGAAUGCUGCGCUGUUUGGCUUCGAACAGCGACGUGGGCUGGAUGGAUCAAUGCAUAUGCCCAUCACAGCGGGCUUGUCGGCGCCAAUGCGCAUAUCGAAGUUGACAAAGCAGUCAACACCAUUAGUGGCACGCAAGUCCAUUUCGCCGCUUGGCUUGAAGUCGAAGAAGCAAUUGGCCGCAGCAGCUGCGGUGGCAACAAAUUCACAGCAACAGCAGUUCUGUUUGCGCUGGAACAACUAUCAAACCAAUUUGACAAAUGUCUUUGAUGAGCUGCUACAGAAUGAGUCCUUUGUCGAUGUGACGCUCGCUUGCGAAGGUCAGUCCAUCAAGGCGCACAAGAUGGUGCUAUCCGCUUGCUCACCAUACUUCCAGGCGCUCUUCUACGAUAAUCCUUGCCAGCAUCCCAUAAUUAUAAUGCGUGAUGUGAGAUGGGAAGAGCUUAAAGCCAUAAUGGAGUUUAUGUAUAAGGGUGAGAUCAAUGUCAGUCAAGAGCAGAUAAAUCCUUUACUGAAAGUCGCCGAAAUGUUGAAGAUACGCGGUUUGGCGGAGGUGAGCGCCGGCAGUGGCCAUGGUAUGGCCGCACCACAUCCCAUGAUGCCCGAACAGCGCAUGACCAUUUUCGAUGAUGAGGAGGAUGCCGAAAGCGAUGAGGAUACAGAAAGUGCCGAAGAUGGUUGCCAAAAACCGAAGCGCGCACGCAUGCUCGAUCCCACAAUGGGGAAGGUAUUCCCACAUGCUGCCGCACUUGAUCUAAAUUUGGCUGCACAGCGUCAGCGCAAACGUUCACGAGAUGGUCUCUUCACUGAUAGUAAUAUGUCACGUUUCGGUGGCAAUGCCGCAAUGCAACCAACAGCGGAGUCAACGGAGCCCAACACGCAUACAGCCAACGCUACUGCUGACGAAACAAGUGGCGCUGAUGCCAAUGCUACUCCACAACAACUACCCGUUGCUGUGACCACAUCCACCAUUGUACGCAAUCCUUUCGCUUCGCCAAAUCCCAACACUACCAACAACGCCGCAGCAAAUGCCAAUCAAAGCAACUCACAGUCCGCCAUUGCAACAGCUUCAGCACCAACAGCUGCCAGCUCAUCAACAACAACGCUUAGCAGCUCAACACCGACUGCACCAGACACACCCACAUCACAUGCCACCGGUCACUCAUAUCGUCCACCAUCUAUGCCGUCGGCUAGCAGUCUCAAAGGUGCAAUGUCUUCUCCAGCUGCAGCCGCAGCAGCAGCUACUGCAAGCGGCAUGCCCUUGAAUGUACAUUCCAAUCCGGUUGCUGCGGCCGCAGCAGCAGCUGCUUUGGGCGUAAAUCCACAUCAUCCGCAUCAUCCUCACCAUCAUCAUCAUGCCGCAGCUGCCGCCCAACAGCUGGCCGCUCAACAUCAAUUGCAUGCAGCGGCGCACUCGCAUGCGGCUAUGGCUUCAGCCUUAGGCGCCUCUCUGGCUGCUGGUGCUGGCGCAGGCGCCGCUGGCACAGGAGCCGCUAGUGCAGCAAAUAUUUCAUCCUCGGUGGGACAUCACGAUGAGCUGGAGAUCAAACCGGAAAUCGCUGAAAUGAUUCGCGAGGAAGAAAGGGCUAAAAUGAUUGAAAGUGGACAUCCUUGGAUGGGCGCAGCAUCAACCUCUUCUGUAACCGCAGACAGCUACCAAUAUCAGUUGCAAUCGAUGUGGCAAAAAUGUUGGAAUACGAAUCAGCAGAAUCUUGUGCAACAAUUGCGGUUUCGUGAACGCGGUCCGCUAAAGUCGUGGCGUCCCGAAGCAAUGGCCGAAGCCAUAUUCAGCGUGUUGAAGGAGGGUCUCUCGCUAUCACAAGCAGCACGCAAAUAUGAUAUACCUUACCCCACUUUCGUUUUAUAUGCAAAUCGCGUACACAAUAUGUUGGGACCCUCGCUGGAUGGUGGCACCGAUCCACGUCCGAAAGCACGCGGCCGCCCACAGCGUAUUUUACUCGGCAUGUGGCCCGAGGAGCUCAUACGUUCGGUUAUAAAAGCGGUUGUAUUCAGAGAUUAUCGUGAAAUUAAGGAGGAUCUGGCACAUGUUUACGCCAAUGGACAAAUGCAAGCGGGCUCCCCCUUUGGCGCCGCUGGUAAUGCAGCAGUAGCAGCCGCUGCGGCAAAUGGUUAUCAUAAUGCCGCCAAGUUGGCCGCACAGAAUGCCGCACUCGCGCCGCCCGACUCGCCCAGCCCACUUUCCACGAUGACCGAAACAUUGCGCCGCCAAAUUAUGUCACAACAACAACAAUCGCCCAUUUCGCAAACGAUGAACAUGUACAAAUCGCCAGCGUAUCUACAACGUUCGGAAAUCGAAGAUCAGGUAUCGGCGGCGAAUGCCAAACAACAUACCGAGGCACGACGCACUUCCGACAACAUGCCCGAUCUGAGCGCGCUCGGCGGCCUAAUGGGUAUACCCGGUCUGAAUGUGAUGCCUGCACAAGCGGCAACGCGCGCCAAUCAAAUGCAUCAGAGCGGCGCCAGUUAUGCCAGAGAGCGUGAGCGUGAACGUGAGCGUGAGAGAGAGCGCGAACGUGAACGUGAACUAAAGGAGGCCAUGCAAGCGCGCCAAUAUGGCAAUCAAUCACGCGGCUCCAUCGGCGCGUCCAGCGGCAGUAGCCAGAAGAUGCCGACCACAGCGACUGCGGCGGCUGAUUCGGCGGCAGUAGCUUAUGCGCACUACAAGAACAAAGAGCACGCUACCAAUUACGCGUUCAAUAAACGUUUUGCCGAAACACUACCGCCCGGCAUCGAUUUCGAAGCGAUCGCCAAUGGUUUGCUGCAGAAAUCGGUGAAUAAAAGUCCGCGCUUCGAAGACUUCUUCCCCAGUGAAUUCUUUGGCAAUGCUGAAAGUGCUGCCGGCGCUGCUGCCGCCUAUCCGCCCACGCGCGAAUCACCACUCAUGAAGAUAAAGCUGGAGCAUCAAGCGAGCGCUGAAGUGCCGCAUGAAGAUUGAGGCGAGCGCUUGUAAGCGCAAGAGCGCUUCGAAGCGUGCGUUGAGUAGAAGCGUUAGCGUGCAGGUGUGAAGUAUGCCAGGGCAGGGUAAGGCAAUAAUAUGAUAUAGUAGUUGUAUGCCAUAUAGUAUAUGCACAUACAUAUAUAUAUAUAUAAUAUAUAUAUAAAAACACACACAUACAUAUAUAUAAACAUUUAUAGAUAUUUGAGGGAAGUAGGAAUUCUUUAAGAAUACAAUUUUUUGACUGCUAUUUAACCCCAACGUAUAUAUGUAGGCUAGUUCGUAGGUUUUAGUUAUACUAUAUUAACAUACAUAUACAAGCGUAUUUGAACACACACAAAUACAAAUGCAUAUAUGUCUAUAUUAUAUGCAUAAAUUUGCUUAUAAGUCUAAAUAUGGUAUACAUAUAAUAUAUUAUAGUUGCGAUAUGCAAAUAAAUAAGCGUGGUUUUAAGUUUUCGCUUAGUUGUAGGCUAGUGCUGAUGCUAUAAGCGAGCGGAUAGCUGUGUGGUGCAGCUAAGUAUGCUAAGCAAAUAUUUAGGAUUUUUAAUUAACAUUUUUCAAUAAAUUUUAUGUUAACUACAGAGAAAGAGACAAACAGUUUCCAGUGACUUUGAAAUAAGUAAAUAUGUCAUAGAGAGUAGGAGAAGCUUAGCGACUAGCUAACGCUAAUUUCUGAAUUUUUUUAUCGAUUUAUUUCCUUACAUGCAUAAGAUCUCGUUGUAAUACACUUACAUAUACACAUGUAUACAUAAACUCGUUGUAAAUUUAUUUAUUCGCUUGGCGGCAUUUCUCCUUCAAAUGCGCGAUUUGUAUUAAUGUAGCUGCGUAAAUAUAUAUAAAUAUAAUUAAUUAAAAAAAACUAUAUGCAUUAAAAAAUAUUAUUAUUUAAUUAAAAUUUAAUAAUAAAGGAAGAGUAUGUAUUUAUAAAACAAAGUUUUCGCAAAUAAUAGACUUGAACAUUUUUAAAUGUACGAAUAGGUGUCUAAGUGUCAGUGUAUUUAAUAGCUAAGAAUUUAGUGUGUAUGUAUGUGGUAGAAUAUAUAAAACAAAAUACAUUUUGACACAAAAAUAUAAAAAGUAAGUAAUUCAAUUAAAGGAGAAAUUAAAAAAAAUAUGAAAGUAAGUGAGAUAAUCAAGAAAAUAUUAAAAAAAAUAAGUUAUGCAACAGCAAAAAAAAAAAGUUUAACGCAAAUAUAAAUAUAUUUUACUUAACUUCCAAUUUGCAAAUGCCUUUUUUAUAGAAAAAACAAAUAAAUUGAAUUAAAAAAAAAAUUAAAAUAAAUCAAACAUGUUUUGAGUUAAACCCAGCUGCUAAGUCUUAUGAGACGGCGCCACAAAUUAUUAUUUAAAUGUAAAUAAUGUACAAAUGAAGUUAAACAUUGUAAAAAGUAUAAUAAAAGUAAGUUUACAAAAAAUAAAUAAAAUAUUAUAAAUUAUACAAUAUAAACUUGCAAGCAAGCGCAACGCUCUUUAGUAGUUAUGAGUCCAAACACACAACAGCACAAAUGCAUUUUCACGUGUGUGUGUGUGUGGCAGUUGCAUACUUAAGCAAUUGCUUGUGUUCCCCAUACACACACACACACACGCACACGCACACAUACUUAUAUGCGUUUGCAAUAACUAUAAAAACUCCAGAGGUAUAAGUGUAAUGGAAAAAUGGAAAAUAUUUGAUGAAUAAUUUUUUUUGCUUCGCGACUUUUGUGUUUGCUUUCAGUAUAUACAAACACAUACCCAUACAUACAUAUAUGGUAUAUACAUAUAUAAUAAAUAAAAUAUGUGUAACUACUUUACAUUGUAUUUACUAGUUAUAUAGGCAUAAAGUAAGCUGUAAUGCAUGUUGUAGAAUUAUAUACAACAAAUUAAUAUACAUACAUACAUACAUACAGUGUAAUCCAAUGAUAAUUACUGUAAUAUGAUGGAGGAAUAAGUCAACAAAACGUGUAUGCGCAGAUGCAAUGACGUGAAUAAAUAUUUUUAGUUAAUCGUGAAUAUAAAAUAAAUUAA